UAGAAAACAGCUUUACAUCUGAGAAUAUAAACUGGCAACAACAGACCAAUCACAAUCAGUCCGCGGUAGACCACUCAGGAAAUCAACCUGGAUAUCAAUCCGGAAAUCAACUCGUUGAUCAAUCUGAUGAUCAACCUGUAAACCUGUCUGGAGAUGAAUCGAAAGGUCAAUCAGGAGAUCAAUCCAGUGAUCAAUCAGGAGAUCAAUUUGUUGAUCUAUCUAAUGAUCAAUCUAUAAACCUGGCUGGAGAUGAAUCUGAAGGUCAAUCCGGAGAUCAAUCCAGAGACCCAUCCAGUGAUCAAUCUGUUUUUCAAAUCAGAUUUCAAUCAAGAGAUCAAUAUGGGGAUCAAUAUAGAAUUAAAUCUGCAGAUCUUUCUUUAAAUCUGCCAGGAAUCAGAUCCUGGGAUGACUCUGGAUCUCAAACCUCAAGGAUUAUGAAGGAGCCAAAGCACAAAGUAUAUCCUGGAGCUAGAGUUGAACCUAAAGUUCAGGCUAAACUCGGAGCCUGGAUCAUCAACCCAAACCCUGAAUAUGCUAAGGUUAAAAAUAUUUAUUUUAUUGAUAGUUUUCUGCAGAAACGUUUUUUAGCAUCACCUUUAAGCGACAGCUAG